UCUUGUCAUUUCUGGUGCCCGAGUUGAUUCCGACUUGAGCGCCGAAGGGGUCCCGUCGCGGGGGUGUCCCCGUCGCUACCCACGCCGGGGUCUCUGCCCCUCGGGGAUCUCCCUCCCUCUUUGACUGGUUGGCGCGAAGCGAUUGGCGAUCCCGGGCGCGAUCCCGAGCGCGGAUCCACGCGCCGCGUGGGGUGAAUGGCCGCGGGAGGAGGAUCGGGAGGCGCAGGGCGCAGACCAAUCGCGGCCGCCGGUGGGAGUAUUUGUUAUUCACAUGGAAGAGACUCGCCGGUGGCUCGGCCAGCUCAGCCCCCUCAGCCCGGAGAUCAGCCACAAGUGCGGCCGCGGUGCUCGCCUCGCGCGGUGGCGACGGCGGCGGUGGCGGCGCUGACGUGGAGAUGCGGGCCCCCAGCGGGCUUCCUCACCUCGCCCUCUGCGGGGAGCAGGGAGUAAUUCUGCUACAGGGCUGAAUUCAAGGACAUGAAUUGUUGACCUCAUCCCAACGUCACAACCUCAGAUGUUAUUCUAAUUUAUUUGCAAGCUGGCUUUAUGUGGAAAUAAACUUGAACGGAGGGUCUGUUGGGAAUUCACUGUGACGUUCAAAUCAAGAAGACUUGCUGAAACCCCCGGAGCCUUCCCCCAUGGGCCCUGAUGGUAGACUCCAACAGGUGCAGCUUCAGGUGGUUCCCCUUCUUCUGCGGCAAGAAUAAACUUCUGGUCACCGAUUGCAACACCACCUGCGGAGAAAAUGGUAUGCGAGGGAAAGCGCUCAGCCUCUUGCCCUUGUUUCUUCCUCUUGACUGCCAAGUUCUACUGGAUCCUCACAAUGAUGCAAAGAACUCACAGCCAGGAGUAUGCCCAUUCUAUCCGGGUGGAUGGGGACAUCAUUUUGGGGGGUCUCUUUCCUGUUCAUGCAAAGGGAGAGAGAGGGGUGCCUUGUGGGGAGCUGAAGAAGGAGAAGGGGAUCCACAGACUAGAGGCCAUGCUUUAUGCAAUCGACCAGAUUAACAAGGACCCCGAUCUCCUCUCCAAUAUCACUCUGGGUGUCCGGAUCCUUGACACAUGUUCCAGGGACACCUAUGCUUUGGAGCAGUCACUAACCUUUGUGCAAGCAUUGAUAGAGAAAGAUGCAUCGGACGUGAAGUGUGCUAAUGGAGAUCCACCCAUAUUUACUAAGCCCGACAAGAUUUCUGGUGUCAUAGGUGCUGCAGCAAGCUCCGUGUCCAUCAUGGUGGCUAACAUUUUAAGACUUUUUAAGGUAGGUAAAGACAUUGCCUUUUCAACCAGUGUAAAAGAAUCAGGAAUCUUUGUGACUCAAAAUGUGGGUUUAAGGAAGAAAGUGGAGAUGAAGACGUCAAGAGACACUCUGUGUCACUGGGUUCCUCAAAUGGGGUAUUCUGUGCUGGGUUUCUACCUGUAUCACUAUAGUUCCGUUAGUUAUGAUUAAAUGGACUAAUCCUGACUGUAUUUUCCCAAAGAGAAUGUUGGUAAGUUCUGUGAAGUGUUUGUCCUUGCUGUCUUGGGAUAAACUCCCCAGGGAGGCUCACUUUAAGUCAAAGCAAGCAUCUUUAGAGACUCAUCAACCCUUAGCACAUUUAUCAUACAGAACACUUCCUCUCUACCAGAGGCAUGUGUGAGAUAAUUUACUUGGUGAAAGUUCUUCAAGAUGGGAUGCUCUGUUAUGACAAAAAUUUCUGUGUGAAGAAACAGUAUUUAUUACUAAUAUGUAGAUGGUAGCGACACUCUAGGAGAUAAGAUGGCCAUAAAGUUGUCAGGCUUAUUAUAACUUGAAUAGAGCAGAACCUCAUUAAUUCAGAAUACUGUG